AUGGCAUUCCCAGAUCAGCUGUUUGAUAGCCAGGAAUUUCGUUUCUGCCUUUGUGAUGUGGACAAGUUUAACCAAACAGUGUUGUUGCAGAUGAAAAAACAUUGCACUACUAGAAAAGUAAGGAGUGACUGUGCUAAGGCUGCACCAAAGUUCACCCUGAUGCUUAAGGUGCUGUCCGUGAUCUACCGACUAGUGCAGAGUGAUACAUAUGCUACAAAAAGAGAUAUAUAUUACAAUGAGGUGCAACUUUAUGGCUCCCAGACUGUUGUGGACAACAUAAUUAGUGAUAUCUCCUGCAUGCUGAAAAUCCCCAGAAUCAGUUUAUACAUACUCUCUGCAUCUAAAGGUUGUGUGGCUGGCUAUUUAUGGUUUACAGCAGAAGAUGGAAACAAAGUAUACUGUGGUGGUAGCUCAUCCGGUGUCCUUGUGCCAAUAACUGUCGAAGGAAUCAGAAACCUGAGUACCCAAGCUAAAUUCAUCCUCAUAAUGGAAAAGGAGGCAAUAUUCCAAAGGCUUCUCAAUGACAAUUUCUGUGCUGUGUCUGGCUCCUACAUCUUGAUAACAAGAAUUCUUGUUUCCAUCAUUGUCCUGAGGAAGAAGCGUCACCCCCAAGGCUGGAGUAGAGGGAUCUGUAUCAUAAUACACAGUGGUGAUGUGCUGACCAGCCAGAAAUCCAUGGGACCUGCAGUUUGCAGUAGAUUGACUUCCGCACAGUUUGCCAGCUUCUGCUUCUGGCAGCCUCUAUUUAUAGGUGCACGCCUGCCCUCGCCCCUUCAUCAGACAUGGGCGAGUUGGGUGUGGGUCUAUAACAAGAUGUUUCUGGUCAGGUUCAGAGUGGCGGGUUGUUUGUUGACAAAGGCAGCUAAGCUCAGGGUGAACGCUCCAUCUCUACACCUGCCAACAUGA